GAAGUUCCACUGUGGUAAUGCUAGUCUUUAUCUUAAAGACCAAGAGUCAUUCUGCAAAUUUGUGGUAUCAUUUCCCUAAACAACUCAGGACCGAACGGUACUUCUGUUCCUCACUUCUACAUUUCUGCAGAAGCUGAAACGCAGCUCUUGACUUUUUUUAAGCAUUACUAACAGACUUGAGAUAACUUUUUCAUCUACCAUGUAUAACUACGGAGUAGCAUUAACAUGUGAAGGAUGUAAUAAAUUAGACGUCUCUUCAUUUUAGAGAAAGAAGAUGGAAACAUCAUUGGUUUUCUUUUCUCAAUUAAAUAUGUGCGAAUCAAAAGAAAAAACUUUUUUCAAGUUAAUACAUGGUUCAGGAAAAGAAGAAACAAGCAAAGAAGCCAAACUCAGAGCUAAGGAAAAAAGAAACAGGUUAAGUCUGCUCUUGCAGAAACCUGAAUUUCAUGAAGAGACCCACUCCGGUAGAUCCGGGCACUUAGCCAAAGAAACGAGAAUCUCCCCUGCAGAAGCCGUGAUAUGGGGUGAAUCAUUUGACAAACUGCUCUCCCAUAAAGGUGGACUGGAGACUUUUACCAGAUUUCUUAAAACCGAAUUCAGUGAGGAAAACAUUGAAUUUUGGGUAGCCUGUGAAGAUUUCAAGAAAAGCAAAGACCCUCAACAAAUUAUCCUUAAAGCAAAAGCAAUAUAUGAGAAAUUUAUACAGAACGAUGCUCCGCAAGAGGUUAACCUUGAUUUCCACACCAAAGAAAUCAUUGCCAAGAGCAUCACCAAACCCACUCUCCACAGUUUUGAUGCUGCACAAAGCAGAGUAUAUCAGCUUAUGGAACAAGACAGUUACACACGUUUUCUGAAAUCUGACAUCUAUUUAGACUUGACAGAAGGAAGACCUCAGAGGCCAACAAAUCUUAGAAGACGGUCACGUUCAUUUACCUACAAUGAAUUCCAGGAUGUAAAGUCAGAUGUUGCCAUUUGGUUAUAAAGAAAAUUAAUUUUGCUCGUUUUGAUGGCAAACUUGUACAUUUGCUUCUAAGAUAUAGCAUGUUUAUGUCAACAAAUGGGUACAUCUUUUAAAAUAAAACACAUCAUGCGAAAGGAUUUUAAAAAUGUAAAUCAAAACUUUUAUUCUAACAGUGCAUACUGUCUCUGCCAACAUAUUCUGUAAAACCUUCCAUUUGACUUCACACCAUUCAUAAUCAUAAAAACUUAUUACUUAAUUAAAAGGCAGUAAUGAAGUAAUAACAAUGUUUUACAAGAUUGUAAAGCUAAGUAAAGUUUAAGCUUUUGUAAAAUUGUCAACAGUGUGACCAAACAUCUAGUUUGGAUUUUCUUCUAGAUAUAAAAAACAUAAUGCUCAGAUAUCAUAUAUUCAGACAACAUUUUUCAUAAUGGUGAAGACUCUAUCUCAGUUUUAGAGAGUAUGGAAGUGGUCUAGCUCUCACAAUGGGAGAGAACAAACAUUUAUUCUUGGGUUACUAACCCUGGCUCAAAAACACCAAUUUUUCUAACUUCUAGCUAUAAGCCAUCAACAGGAACGUUUGGGAGGGCACGUUCAUCUCUAUAGAACUUCCGGGUUAAGCGUAACCUAGGUUGCUGAUUGAGAAUGUGGUCCACAUUUGGGUUCAUUCCUAAGGGAGCAUGGACUUACCCAGUUAUACGGAGCACACUCCUGCUGGUCACGGAAACAUGCCCAGAUGAGGCAUAGCUCCACGUUAGGACUGAGUGGAGCAAAGAGAAGUUGCUACUGAGAUAGCGGCAGUCAGUCAUUUGAAUGGCCACCAGAGGAGGUUUAUUUCAGGAGUAAUUAGCCCUCGUCUUUGGACUUUUAGGAUUAGGGCAAAAAUUAGAAAUGGGAGGAGGUAAAGAAGCAAGGAGUUUGAGGUCCUAGAGAUCAGGCAUCUGCCGCAUUGGCUCAUAUUCAGGAAGUAUUCCGCCAGCCAUCACAGUCUUCUUCCGAAUCUGAUUGAAUCACUUAGUACUAUAUUAUUCAAAUAAGAUUAUGCUAAUUAGUAUGUAUGUCUCUACUUUAGGGAAAUAUUUAAUUUUAGAUAUGUGUUACAUGGUCUGUAAGUGUCUGUAUUUAAAGAUGCCAUACAUUUGCCUUUGGCAAAUGUUAUUUUAGUUGAAAUGUAAAAUGUAAAAAUCGUAGAUCACCUAUAAGAAUAAAUAUUUUAAUUUCUCCAUUCA